CUUGUGUUAGUGUUUGUUUACUCGUCAUAACUAACUCGAUACUGCAUUUCCUUUUUUUUUUCUUUAGUUACUGUGUUGGAAUUUUCAUUUCCUCUUUCUUUCUUGGGUUGGCCUAGCAGGCACUAUGCUAGAGGGGCAUCAACUUUUGGGGUUUGGCUUCUUUGUAGUUGGUUUAUGGCACUUCUUCAACCACGUCAAGCUCCAUGCCCUUAGUUAUAAGUCCUACACAUCAACCCUAUGGUUUCCCACCACAAUAUCCAGAUACUUGGAGCUCCACUUCAUCAUGGCAAGCUGCACCAUCUUUAUUGCCAUGGAGCUCUUCAUUGCUCCCAUUCAUCACCAACCAUUUGACGUUGAUGGAACCAUUCCCUCCACCCAUCUCCACAACUUUGAACACUCUUCCAUGGCCAUGGCUUUCUUGGUGUAUGCCAUCUUUGCCAUAGUUCUUGAUAGAAAAUGCAGCAAAGCUCAAAAUGAGCUAACUCAUUUGCUGGGAGCCAUAGCUUUUACACAGCAAUUUCUUCUUAUCCACCUUCACUCUAGAGAUCACAUGGGACCAGAAGGCCAAUACCACUUCUUGUUGCAACUUUUGAUUCUUAUUUCUUUGGCUACAACCCUCAUGGGAAUUGGCAGGCCUAAGAGCUUCUUGGUCUGCUUUGUACGUUCUGUGAGCAUUGUCUUCCAAGGUGUGUGGCUUAUGAUCAUGGGGUUCUUGCUUUGGACACCAGGAUUUCAAGCCAAAGGUUGUUUCAUGCACCUUGAAGAAUCUGAUGAAUAUGUGGUGAGAUGCAGUGACGAUGAGUCUCUUCAUCGUGCUAUCUCCUUGGUGAACAUUCAAUUCAGCUUCUUGUUGAUUGUAGUCACCGUUUUCGCCAUGUCUUUCUACUUGAUUAUUGUUAGAAGAUAUGGUGAAAAGGUGGAGUAUGUUUCAUUGAUAAAGGAGGAACAUUACCGUGACGAAGAUGGAUUUGUGAAACAUAAGGGCUCUAUAGACAACGUUGAAAAUAGCAUGGACGUUGAAUCCCAAUCUCCAAAGAAAAGCAAGCAAGAGCAUAUUUAAAUAGAGCACUUUGUGAAACCAAAGGCAUUACUGGUGUAAGUGGUCCGUUUUCAACAUAAUUAUUGUAAAAA